AUGGACGUCGAAAAGCAUUCUCUCGAGAAGGACCUAGCAUGUGAGCACAUUGAAGCUGCAAAAGAGUCUCGCAACCCCGUCCCUGAGAUUCUGCGCAAUCACACGCCCGAGCAACUCACAGCUCUCGAGAAGAAACUCGUGCGGAAAAUCGACUUCCGGGCCCUACCCAUUCUGAUCGUUCUGUUUUUGCUCAACGUGCUCGAUCGGAAUGCUAUUGCUAAUGCACGUCUUGGAGGUCUGGAAGCCACGCUGGGUAUCGACGAUGUGCAGUAUCAGACCGCUGUCAUGGUGUUGUGGGCUGGUUACAUCUCCAUGAUGAUACCAUCGAACAUGCUUCUCUCCAUCUUCAAGCCCAGGUUGUAUCUGCCGACGGUUGUCAUCAUUUGGGGUAUCGUGUCUGGUGCUACGGGAUUCGUUCAGAACCACGCUGGAUUGGUGGCACUGAGAUUCCUUGUCGGUGUUACGGAAGCACCAUACUUUCCUGGUUGUAUCUUCUUCCUCUCAUGCUGGUAUACGCGGAAAGAGCUACCAAGCCGCAUUGCUACUUUCUACUCUGGUUACACCUUGUCUUCGGCUUUUGGCGGCUUGAUCGCAGCGGGUAUCGUCGAUGGCAUGGAAGGGCUUGGUGGCUAUCCGAGUUGGCGCUGGAUCUUCAUCUUGGAAGGAGCUUUGACGAUUCUUAUCGCUUUUGCUGGAUAUGCUCUUUUGCCGAACUACCCUUCCAAUACCUCUUUCUUAUCGCCUGAAGAGACUGCAAUGGCACAGUGGCGACUCAACCGCGAAAACGACGGUGUGGCAGACGAAGUGAACGAUUCGGUCUUCGUCGGACUGAGGCAGGCCUUUUCCGACCCAAAAGUGGUACGUAUCUUCUUCUACCUUAUGGUGUUUUCCUCAGAACUCUACAACGUUCGCCAUACAGCGAAGUUGAAAGCCCUUACAUGCGCUGUCGUAUCCAUGAGCUUCACCUACUUUUUCCCCUCUAUCGUCCAGACACUCGGCUUUCCCCGCGUCGAAACACUUCUGCUCACCGCUCCUCCUUACUUCCUGGCUUUCGUAUUCUCGGUGCUGAAUUCGUGGCACUCCGGGCGCUCGGGUGAGCAUUGCUUCCACAUCGUCGCCGCAUGCGUCAUCUCCGCAGUUGGUCAGAUCAUCUCCAUGUCGACAUACCAAACCGGACCUCGUUACUUUGCCAUGUUCUUACAGGCCAUGGGAUCUUUCUCCGCUUUCCAGCUCAUUCUGCCUUGGGUCUCUGCAACGGUCGCACGGCCAAAAGCGAAGAGGGCGGUUACACUUGCACUGGCGACGGCUGUGUCGAACGCGACUAAUAUCGCUACUGCUUACUUGUAUCCUGCAUGGAGCGCACCUCUCUAUCGCAUGGGUUGUAUCGUGUUGACAGUAGCACUGCUUUGCUGCGCAACUGCGUCGUUGGUGCUGCGCUUCUGGCUGCAGAAGCUGAAUCGCAAGUCUGAUCAGGCUGUGGGAUUGGAGGGUGUUGCCAAUGGACCCGGUCUUCUUUUCCGCUACACUCUGUAA